AGAGGAAUAAUAGACGGGCUAAAACUCAUGGAAUUGGAUAAUGCUUCUACUGUCCAGGGAUACACUAUCUUCCACUCAAGGCUGGACGGUAGUUUUGCCCAGGGGACACUCGUAACCCUGUGCACCACCACAAUACCUGCUAGACUACGACUUGGAUACACAAACAAUAGCGAAUACCCGCCGUCAUAUAUUUUCGGACUCAUUUUCUUGCUGUGCACACACCACAUGUCUGGUUACAGUCCACUUUCAUUCUUCCAGAUUCACUUUUUGGCCAGGGGUUUCCAGGGAAUAUAUCCAGCUCAAGUCCGCUACUUAAUCAAGCAUAGCGUCUGGCCAGUGAAAGCACCAUGGAAAAGUUGUCCAAUUCACUCUAACAAAAUCAUAGGAUCGGUACUUUUACGGACAACAAUAACGCGUCUGCCUGGCCAAGAGAGUGAAAGCUACACGGAUGCCUGA